AUGGCGCCAGUUAAGUUCGGACUGUUUAAAACGAGGAGUCGGGAUCAACAGGAACAGCCUUCCACCGAGAACCUGCUGCAGAACAGCACCAGCUCCGAACUAGCGACCCCUGGCUCCCCAAUCCCAUCGACGAGUAAAGGACAGAGUGCAGAUGCAGAUUUCUACUCACCAGACAUAUCGGUUUUGCAGCUCGACAGCGACGAUGAAGACAUCGGUUCAGAAAAACCUACGCCCACCAGACGAAUUAGCCAUAGCAGUGUUAUAGAGGAUCCACUGAUGAACUACCAACACCUAACCAACCAAUCAUCCAUCGAUCACGACGACACUCUCCCCAUAGAUGACGACGCAACCUCCUGCGAUGCUAACUCCAUACAGUUUGACGAAACCUCCAUAGCCCCUAGCGAAGACCUGUCGGUCUACUGUCUAAAGAAGAAGAAGAAUCUCAGGAGUGCCAGGGAGGUGCAGCAAUUGAGGGAUUUGGAUAUGUGGAGGGCGAGCGACGUCGAAGUAAUGCAGAACCUCCUAAGCCGGAGCGGCAACCUCAACGAGCAGUUCAAAUGGGAGGCCAUCGCCACAGCCCGAGGGCUCUGCACACUCACGGACAACUGCGCUUGCACGGAUUGUGCACGUGCUAAAUACUUAGCAGGGAUGGCGGAUGGAGACGGCGGGAUGAGCGCGGCGCCCUUACUGAGCGUAGGGUGUGUCUUACAGUAAGGUUCUAUCACAGUUUUGAUAUAAAA